AUGGUAUUUAAACAACGUGAAAAUUUCAAUAAUCAAGAUAGAUUAGAAAUUUUAUUAAAAUGUUUAGAAUUAUUUGGAGAACAAAAACCAAAAGAACAUCAGCAAUCAGAAUUAUCAUUAUUAUUAUUGGAACAAAAUGAAGAGGAUCAUAUUCAAAAAAUGUUUAUAAAAUUAAUCGUCUUGACACGAUCAUAUAAACUAUUAGAAUUAUAUUUAUCAAAAUAUAAUGACGAAGUAUUACCUGAUGAAUUAAUGUCAAUUGAUAAUUUUAAAAAGACUGCAAAUUAA